AUGUUUGACACAGGCCGCGCUGCGAGGCAUUUGGGUCUACCAAAACAUAGCUUACAAUACCUUGUUGACUCGCUGUGUCAAGUACAACUCAACAAGGAAUUCCAGACGACCGAUUGGCGUGUUAGACCACUCCCCGAAGAAAUGAUGCACUACGCCCGGGAGGACACUCACUAUUUACUCUAUUGCUAUGAUCUGCCACGGGAAAGACUUUUUCAGCCUGGAAACGAAAGGACGAACAAUUUGCUGGAAGACGUUUACAGGGACUCCAAGGAGAUUUGCAAGAAGGUCUUCGAAAGCACCUCUUCGAUCCCGCAGAUCAAAGAGGAAUCUCAAAAUAGGCAAAUAUUCGCCCUGCGGGAGCUCUGGCGUUGGGGGGACACGACGGCGAGAAAUCAAGACGAAUCACUGGGCUACGUUCUACACAUGAUGAUUCAUAUUGCUGAGUCUCUUCCUCGUGACAAGGAAGGAGUCUUGGCGUGCUGCUCACCGGUACCGCACCCACUGAAAGAACAUUUGUUGCUUAUUCACAGGAUCAUCUUGGAGGCUCGAGAUCGCGGGCUUGAGGUGGUGGAAACGGCAAAAAAGUACCUUGUUGACUCGCUGUGUCAAGUACAACUCAACAAGGAAUUCCAGACGACCGAUUGGCGUGUUAGACCACUCCCCGAAGAAAUGAUGCACUACGCCCGGGAGGACACUCACUAUUUACUCUAUUGCUAUGAUCUGCUACGGGAAAGACUUUUGCAGACGAAGAUUUGUGACCUGUUGAUCCGUGCCACCAUUCGAUUGCGUCGGCGCGUCGGGAUCUCGGUGGAAGAUCGGAAAGCAUGUAGCGACAGCGGAGAGACGCUG